GCUAGGUUCAGCUUAGUACGUACGACGCAUGUUCGAAAGUUACGGGACACAACUUAUUCACUUCUAACUUAUCUCACCGAAUACUUCGAAAAUGUCAUACCGACCAGCCGGCUACGAGGAUGAAUAUGAUAGCAGUGACUCAGAUGAUUACUUUGUCGGAGGAAAUAAUUCCACUAAAUCACAGGGUAAUGGAACCACAGGAACCAAUGGAAAUAUUGGAGGCUUUGGGAUGGCUACCCCUUCCAAAGUCCAGAGGGACCAACAAGGGUCACCCAUCGUUCUAGAUGACUUCAAGACGGCUGCUUCAAGGGGCAAGCUAGAAGAGGUGCAGGAAUUCAUAGAGAGAGGUGUUGAAGUGGACUGCAUGUUAAAGGCAGGCUGGACAGCUCUCAUGUAUGCAGCCAGCUGUGGGCAAGCUGAGAUGGUCAAAUAUCUUCUAGAUCAAGGAGCUAAUCCAGAUUUCCACAAGGCAUCAUUUAUGUACAGUCCUCUGAUGUCUGUAUGUUCCAGUAACUUGGCUGAGGACUCUAUCUUAGAAUGCUUGACACUCCUUACUGACCGUGGUGCAGAUGUCAAUACUCAUGAAAAGAGUCACAUGACCCCUUUGAUGGUUGCUUCUCAGCAUGGUCAUUUCAAGGUUGUAGAGAAACUUCUAUCUUGUGGAGCAGAAGUUAACAAUGUGGACAACAGGAGAUGGCCAGCUUUGUUCUAUGCAGCUGAAGGAGGUCACACCAGGGUUGUUGAAUUGCUAUUAGCUAACAGAGCAGAUGCUACCAAGUGCAGUAAUGAUGGUACUGCUACAGACAUUGCUUACAGCAAAGACCAUAUCAAGUUGGCUGAGAUACUAGAAGCUGCUGCCAAUCCUGCCAAGUCCAAGACCGCUAAUGGCACCACCUCAACUCUACCACCUAGUAGUCCUACCAGAGUAGGGGGUGAUAUCCAGUCUCCAACACCAGUUACACCAACACCUGCCACAUCCAUCACCACCACCACCACCACCACCAGCGUUCCUCCUACUACUAACCACAAACCAUCACCACCACUACCAAGACCAGCAUCUACCCUGUCUAACCAUCAGUCCUACCAUGUCCUAGAUGAUCUGGAACUGUUCCUCUAUGGCCUCAAGCUCGGUGACCUCAUCCCACUCUUUAAAGACCAUGAAGUCACAUUUCCUCAACUCCUUCAGAUUUCAGAGGCAGAUUUAGAAAAGAUUGGUGUGAGUCAAGUAGGACAUCGAAAGAGAAUCAUAGAUUCAAUACAUGCAAUACAUAGAAAAAAGUGGGAACCAAACAGCAUUCGGAAGCCAUCAUUAAUUUUAAGUCUUCCAGAAACGCACUUGAUCCUAGACAAUGUGAACAAGCAUGUAGCAUACAUCAAGUCGAGUAUUGUCCACAUUAGAGGCAACUUAGAUAGACACAACAGCCUGACAGAGUCUUGUCAAGAACCGGGAAGUCGUGACCUGGUAUCAACGGUCUGUUCAGAGAUGCUUGAUAACACCCGACUGCUUCAUCAAGAACUCAGAUCUCUCAAGAUCCAAAUUAUUGAGGCCUGUGAUACCAGCCCUGACGUAGUCCCAGCUGAUCUGAUAGAAGAUCCUGAUAAUCGAGGCAUGUCAACACUAAGUAAGACCUUAAUGGCGCUCAUGGCUCUAGGGGUUGUUGUAAGUGUAGCCUGGUAUAGCAAACCAAUAUGGUCAAGUUUUGUCAAACCAAGAUAGUUGAAGAUUGGUUCUUUCUAAAAAAAAAAAUCUUUUUCAUUAUGUCCUGUGCUUAUUUUUUCCAGGUUGCUGUCAUUUUUUGAUGAAGCCGUGAAAGUAUAUCUAUUGUGGUUUGCAAAAAAUAAGGUUGUCUUUUUGAUUUUCUCAAUCGCAACUCUUUAUUAGAUGGGGCCCAGGCUUGCCUGUAAAACUUCAUUGGUUGUGUGACUUUGAGGAGACACCCUGACAAAGGGAUGUUAUUGAGACAAUUAUAUUAUAUGUAAUGGUGAGAUGAGACAGUGUUUUUUCAACAUUUUUUGUUUAUCACAGCACCCUUUUAAUUAAUAUUAAAAAUGUGCGUCACCUCAAUCCCAAUUUUUCACAGAAGAUACAUUUUUCAUCACUCUGGCACUUGUCAAGUACCGUAUACAUACCUACAGGCACAUUUUGUUUCUAAAUUUUGCAAUCGAGCAAAAAUAAAGAUGUUUUUCAUAUGAUGGAUAUGUAAUCCAAACACACUAGGUACAAUUAUGUAUGUGGGCACCUCGCUGCAGAAUACAUACAUUUGUGGUAAAAGUCUCAUAUUUGAUCAUCUCGGAAGAAAGACACUUUAUUAUCUUUAAAAUGUUAUCUCCUCAUGAAAAUACAUAGCGGUUUCAAUACGGUUUUCACAAAAUUGGCAUUCCAAAAUAAAAUGCUUGAUGUAACUAAAUUUCUCUCGCUGCACCCUAAAAAUGUCUUACGGCACUGUGGUUGGAAAACUGUUGGGAUAAGAGUAAUGAUGUUUCAUAUACUUUGUCAGGGGGUUGUGUAAAUUCAAUCUUGUCUGUACAUAAUCUAAAUAUGAAACAUGAAUAUAUUUUGAGUUUUAGUUUUAUAUAGUUAUUAUUUUUUUUACCAACACUAUUUUGAUUUAUUCUUUCUGAGCUCACAAUCAUCUAGUAGUACAUGUAAGUGUUGUUAAGGAUAUUAUUGAUCCAAGUUAUUAUGUGCAUUGUAUUUUGGGGAGGAAUCAAAUGAGGCGUGCUCCCUCCCUUGCAGACCGUAAUUUCGAUCAUAUUUUAUAAGAUUGCCAUUUUGACAGGACUAGUACAUCAUUUCCUUCUCGAUAAAGCUAUUAGAGCUUGAAGCCCUGCCACAGCUUGAUUCUUGACUUGUUUUAAUUUUUUCUGUUGUAUUAUGAAGAACAUAUGCUUUUUUUUUUAAAAACCAAUGUCAGCAAUUUGUCACAUGAAGCAUUAUUGUUUAGUGGGGUUUGUAGAUCGAAAAAUGUUUUAUUUGUAUGCAUAUCACAAAACUCUUCUAAUGGAUGUAUCUACUUCAUGUAUGUAAUUUGAAUUGCAGUGUGAUGUAUCAUUAUUUUGCCAGUGCCAUAAGAGAUAAACACUAUUGGU